GAAAGAUUUAGCUGUUUAGUACCUCGUUUUUCAAAUUUCCCCCAAUUUUUCGAUCCGUCCGCCCAUCUCUCUCUCCCUCUUUAAAAACAUCUAUCCCUCCAUUCUUGAUUUCAGCUUCUCUUCUUCGUCCUCACUCUCUCCAUGCCUGCAAGCAGCACUUCAAUUUUCAUCUUCAAAUUCCAGAAAUUUCUAGAUUAAUUGUUCUUGUUUUCGUGUCUAUAGCUGCGAUACUUCUUUUUUAUUGUUGUCUUUGUCUUUAAUGGCGACAUCGGCUUUCAAGUCAACUUCCAAGAGGACGUCGAUAGGGAAAUCAGCGGAGGACUCGUCAUCCUUCGGCCGGACCUCCUCGAACCGCCGUGCUCGGAGUCUCAGCCGGUUCUCUCGCCGGCCUCCGCAAGAAGAGUACAACGAUGAUGAGUCUACUCCAGCGCCGCCUACCAGAGGGAGAUUUGUCAAUAAGGUGAGGGGAUCGGGGUUCCCGGAGAUCAGCCUCGAUGAUCUCGCCAUCGAGUUGUUUGACUCUUCCUUGAGACGCCGCUCGAAUUCGCGGAAUGCUGACGUCAGCCCCAGGAAUGGAGGAGGAGGAGAGAGUGUAACACAGAGAAGGGGGCGGUCGGUGUCGAGGCACACGUCAAGAAGCACCGGUGGCAAUAGCGGUGCCGUGGGAAGAGGAGUUUCGGAAAGUGCCAACUCCAGGAGGAGAAGGUCGGUGUCUGUUGCGCGCUAUCAGAUUAGCGAUUCCGAGAGUGAUCUAGAUCAUACACAUAAUUCAAGCAAUCAUGGCAAAAUUAGGAGUUCCACGGGUGGAAAAAGUCAGAUACCCUCAACACAUAAGCCAACAGCUUUAAAACACAACCCAGGACUAAGAAGGUCUCUUAGCCAGAGGGACUUGAAGUGUCAAGAUGACUAUUCUAGCCACUCUUCUGCUUUAACUGAUGAUGAGGGGAAAGAUGCCUUCUGCUGUAAAAAUGGGAUUGAGAAGACCAUACGGGCAGUUUAUGCACAGAAAAGGGUAGAACAUCCAACUGGGGAUUUGAAUACAGAAUUGUAUGAGGCAAUGCGAAAAGAACUAAGAAAUGCUGUGGAAGAGAUCAAGACAGAACUUGAACAGAACACAAAAAACCCUCAGCUAGCAAAUAAUGACUUUUUGCAGUCUGAGAAUUCUGAUGUUCUUCAGGCUGUUUCCACAAUUAGAAGGAAAUAUGCAGCAAAAUUGGAAAAGUCAGAGAAGCGUAAACAAGAUUUAUUAGCUGAGAUUCUGUUGGAGGAGCAGCAUGGCAAGGAGCUCACUAAGAUUUUCAAAGAAUUGCUUCCUGAUACAAAGAACCUUGCUGCUGAAAAACCAACUCGAAUUAGAAAGAAGAGUAAUGACAAAAAUAGGAUGUCCAAGAGGCUGACUGAGGAGGCAGAGAAAUAUAUUGAAGACUUCAUUUCAAAUGUUGAGGAUACUGAUAUUUCAUCUUUAGAUGGAGAAAGGAGUGAUACCAGUUCAAGUUUAGGAGGAAUAACAAAGACACCGACUUUCCAGCGCACGCCAAUUAGGCCAGUUCCUGCUCAAAUGGAUGGUGUGGUCUUGCCUUGGUUGCAGUGGGAGACUUCUAAUGAUGCUUCUCCUUUACCAUCCAAGAAUAACUGGGAUGCAACUCAGGGAGCAAAAGAUUCAAUUAUUCAUACCGCCAGCAGCCGUGGAAGUUGGAGCCCAUUCCCUGACUGCCCUUCAGUAAACAAGAAAGACAGUACAAGGAGUAGUCUCCAGAACCAAUUCCCGUCAAACGGGACUAAAAGGCUGCUGUUAGAUGUGGAUGAUUAUCUCCAGCUUAAAAGUUGUGAAGAUUUACUUUAUGAAACAUGGAGUCAAAGACAUAGGAUUUGUUCAGGUGGUCUUUCGCUUUGUAGCAAGAUGUACUUCUAGCAACAAUCUCCUUUUAGAUGUGUUCUGAUCUAAUUGAAACUACAGACUUGCUGUGUAUAGUUAUUUAGAUUUUUUUACAUCUAAUGAAGUAUCAUUAAAUAGUUUUUAUUUAUUUUUUAUUAAAUCUUUCGAAAUGUA